AUCCGAAACAUCGGUGACAUUUGAAUAGAGUCGACGAUCGUAAAAAUAAGGAGUUGACGUUUCAAAAAUUGCAUAUCAGUGCAUCGCAGAAAAAAUACUUUUUGGUACAUCCAGAUUGGCUAAUGAACACAAACUGUGCUGCUUCAAUUCCUUUUUGGUAUUGUAGGGUUCGAAUCAUUGAGACCACGGAACAACAUGUCUUUGAAGCCAAAACGGAUAGACUUCGAGAAGGACUGGAAUGAGUUGAAAGGAACCAUCAAAGAGGUAGUGACCCUCGGUAGGGUAAAUCGCAAAGAAUGGGGCGAUCGUUUCGGAGUAAUUUACUCAAUAUGUGUUGCUCAUCCAGAACCACUGGCGGACAAAUUAUAUUCGGAAACGAAAGCAUUUCUGGAAGAACACGUACGUACUCUAUUGAAAGAAAAGGUGACGCCUCCUUCCUCGAGUCCAAAUAAAUCCGAACAAUCAAUGUUCGCUUUACUUCAACGUUAUUAUGCUGCUUGGGCACAAUACAAUAAAGGUGUUGAAUUUCUGAACCAUCUUUAUCUGUACUUGAAUCAACAGCACAUAAAAAAGCAAAAGUUAUCAGAAGUUGAAGUAGUUUAUGGUUGCAUUAAUCACGAUUCCCAGGAACAGCUCGAAAUCGGCGAGCUUGGUUUAGAUAUCUGGCGGCAGCAAAUGAUCAUAAAUGUAGGGGAUGCAUUGGUUACGCAGCUGUUGGAGGGCAUCCGUAAUGAUCGCUUAAACACCAACCAGCGAUCCGACUUGGAACACAUCAUUAAAGGAACUAUCCAGAGCUUCGUUUGCGUCCAAGAGUACAAGAAGAAAGGUUCAUUGCAGUUAUAUCAGCAGACUUUUGAAGUCCCAUUACUACAAGAUAGCGGAGAGUUCUACAAAGUAGAAGCAAAUAGAUUGUUGCAGAUUUGCACUGUUAGUACCUAUAUGGAAGAAGUAAUAAAAAAGUUAGAUGAAGAAAAUAGGCGAGCUUUGAAAUAUCUCCAUAACAGUUCUAUCCCGAAGCUGCGAAAAGAAUGUGAACAAAGAAUGAUAACGGAUCACCUAGAAUUCUUGUAUUCUGAAUGUAGUGAAAUGGUAUCAUCCGAGAAAAAGAAGGACCUUAAGAAUCUCUACACGAUACUAAAGCCAAUACCAGAUGCACUGAAAGUAUUGGUCCAAACUUUUAUGGAACACAUUAGGAACGAGGGAAGUCAAAUGAUAGCUACCUUGAAGGGGGAAACGAUACACGUUCAGUUCGUAGAAGGAAUGCUUCAGGUCCACGAGAAGUAUGAGGCGCUCAUUGCCGAUACUUUUAAUUCGGAUCCUGUAUUCCUGAGUGCCCUAGACAAAGCGUGUUCAAAUGUCAUUAACUCGAAACUUUGCGAAAAACAACCUAGCAAGAGUGCUGAACUGGUAGCAAAAUACUGUGAUAGCUUGUUAAAGAAGUCUAAGACGACGGAAAUUGAAAUCGAAUCGAAAUUGACCAAAAGCAUCACUAUCUUCAAGUACAUCGAAGAUAAGGAUGUGUAUCAGAAGUUUUACAGCAGAAUGUUAGCAAAACGACUUAUUCACGACCAGUCGCAAAGUAUGGAUGCCGAAGAAAUGAUGAUCAAUAAACUUAAACAGGCAUGUGGUUACGAAUUUACGAAUAAAUUACACCGAAUGUUUACGGAUAUUUCUGUAUCAGCAGACCUGAACAUGAAAUUUGGCCAUUACUUAAAGCAACAAAAUAAAGAACUAGGAAUAAAUCUGUCUAUUAAAAUCCUGCAAGCUGGUGCUUGGCCGUUAGGCCCCACGCAACAAACAACAGGCUUCGCGGUACCUCAAGAGUUCGAGAAGCCUAUCAGAUUGUUCGAAAGUUUUUACCAUGUGAAUUUCAGUGGGCGAAAACUGACUUGGUUGAACCACUUAUGCCACGGAGAAUUGAAAAUCUCCUUUGCAGAUCGGAACUACAUGGUUACUAUGCAAACUUAUCAGAUGGCCAUUCUUUUGCUGUUUGAAACUGUGGAUAGUUUGCACUACAAGGAAAUUCAGGAUUCGCUGCAACUGAACAAGGAUAUGCUUCAAAAGCAUAUUCUGAGCCUUGUUGAAUCGAAACUAUUGCUAUCCGAUACGGAGAGUGUCGACGAAAACUCAAAACUAUCUCUGAACAAGAGUUACAUUAAUAAACGAACAAAAUUCAAAAUCACUGCUGCUUUACAGAAGGAAACUCCUCAGGAAAUUGAAAGUACUAUUAAUUCUGUCGACGAAGAUAGAAAGAUGUAUCUGCAAGCAAGCAUUGUACGUAUAAUGAAAUCCAGAAAAGUUUUAAGACAUAAUGCUCUAAUUCAGGAGAUUUUGUCUCAGUCAAAAGUGUCUUUUGCUCCUAGCAUUGGUAUGAUUAAAAAAUGUAUUGAAUCGUUGAUUGACAAGCAAUACAUGGAACGGACACCUAACUCAGGAGAUGAAUAUAGCUAUGUCGCAUAAACCUGUCUUCUGCUUUAAAAGUUAUUUUUGCAAUUCAUCAAUAAACAGUUUCAAAUGCAAAUUUA